AUGAGCCUCUUGAACAUGCCUCUUCCACCACUCAGUCCCGGCGUAUCCAUAAGCGGGCUCAGUGGCGCCCGUGUGCUCGGCGCACGACUCCUACUCCUGGCUCUUGAAGGUGCGAUCGACAUGCUAGUUUGCCUUUUUUUGCUACUUCUCCUUCUCGGUCGAGAACCAGCAGAUGUACUGGAGGAAUCGGAGAGGACGUAG